UGUUCUCAAAACGUUAUUUUCUGAGACAUUUUAGUUGGUUCAUAACGUUUUUUGAAAUGUUACUUCUUGUUUCAGAACGUUCAGAGAACAUUCGAGAGUAACGUUUCCAGGAUGUCUGCAAAAAUGAUAAAUGGAAUGUUUCCUUCAUAUUCGCAUAACAAAGAAAACGAUUUUUUUUUUAAGAACAGGAUGUUCAUGGUAACGUUAGUUAGCAAAACGUUCCCUAUGUUAGCGUGCUGGCACACAGCUGAUCUCACAGAUAGAGGAGGACUGACUCAUGACUCAGGACUGAUGAUGAUUUCUAAUAUGUGUUCUGUUUGUCUGUGGUUUCCAGCAUCAGUGUGUGUGCAGGGAGCGCGCAUGCGCGGCUUCACCGGGACGCGCAGCUCGAGAUUCUUCAGCAUCUGGAGGAAAACAUGCGAGCAUUGACAUGCGUGAUCUUCCCGAGAGGACACCCGUGACCCGGUCCGGCUCGGAGGAUGUCCGGGAGCGCGGCGGCGGACGCGGACGGAGGCGUGAAAAAAGUUAAAGUCAAGCGACAGAUCAGGUGCAUCGUGAAGGAUCUCGAGCACAUCUUGGGAGACCUGAAGGAUGUGGCGAAGGAGCUCAAAGAGGUGGUGGAGGAGAUCGACUGCUUGACCUCUGACCUCCGUCUGGAGGAGGAUCUGAUGGACAGCUCCAACAGCAGCUCCAGCAGCAGCACCACCACGGCGUCCAGCGUCAAGAUCUACCCCGAGGAGACGCUCUUCAGACCCCCAGCCGUCCUGAAGAGACCCUCGGCGUCCAGAGCCCAGGAGAUCCCGGCCAGCGGAGCGCCGCUCAGAGACUCUGUGGAGGUGAAAGGUCACGCCGGCCGCUGUGCUCAGACCACGAGGGAGCGCGUGCGCUUCAGUGAGAAGGUCCAGUAUCACGGCUACUGCCCCGACUGUGACCUGCAGUGUGACGUGGACGGCACAGAUCUGCACUUACACAGCGGAGCGAUCGACGCCAGACACAGCCCCGUCCAUCAGACGCUCCUGCAGAACGGUGCACUCGCCUUCCCCUCGCAGAAACCACAGAAGACCAUUUUACGCAAGUCCACCAGCACCACUGUCUGACGCAGACUGAGGCUGAACUUGUAUUUGUGUUUGGAGAGACGCUGUACGACAGACGAAGGGUAAGAGCAGCAGGCCUUUCCUUCAUCAGUCAAGGAAUAAUUCAGCCAGAAGUGAUCAGGAGGAGUGUGUGUCUUCAUCAGGUCUCUCGAACUCAGAUCUUCUUCAGCUGGUGCUCGUGCUUCCUGACAGAGCGACCCGAGGAGCACGCGAUCCUGACGGAGAUCACACAGGAGACGAGCCCCAGAACCAGACGCACCACAGAGUCACACGUCUGCAGACAACUUCUGUGUUUUUGUAAAGAAAGCCUUCAGAUACAAUAUGCAUAUUUUUGAUAUUUUCUAAGAUGAUUUUAAAGAUGUCACACGGUAGAUGACGGAAAAUGUAUUUAUGUACUGAUUAAAAACAUGAAGUCCUCUGCAUCUGAACGUGUGUUUAUUGAGUGACAGACGUGUGUGAGUUUGAACUCUGACCUCUGACCUCUGACCUGUGAA